GAGAAGAAAGUUAUAAACAAAUUGUUUAUGAUCAUGGAUAAAUUAAAUGUGACCUUAACUGCUGUCAAAAAUCUGCGUUCAAACGUACGGCAGUGCUUCGAGCACUUGGCGGAUGGCACCGAUGGGGAGGGCGUCGAGGAAAGCCGUAAUAAAUUUGUGCACGAAUUUCAAGAAAAAUAUAAUAACAUAAAUUCGCAGCUGCGCGAGGUGGAACAAUUAAUAAAUGGUCUACAAGUACCACCGACUGCUUACCAUCUGGGUAACACCACCUACCUAGCGCAGGAAACUUCACAGGAUCGGCAGGCUUUGUACCCGCAAUUGGUCAACAGCUAUAAGUGGAUUGACAAGGUGCACGAUCACAGUUUUCUCGCUUUCAACAACCUCAAUCAAAAUACGCUGAGGCGAUCAUACAAUUACUGCUCCCAGAAGCGACAACGCUUGCCCUUUUCCUCCUUUAACAACGAUCCAGAUCACAUUGAAAAGCUGCUCAGCGAAAUCAACUACCCGACGCAUACCACAUACAAGGUGUUUCGCCCAUUUGGAUCGAAUGCCGUAGCUAUUGUAACUAUAGCCAAUGUCUUGAAAGCCGCAAUAGUGUUUAAAGGUGUGCUUAUCGAGUGGGUAACGGUGAAGGGCUUCGAUGAGCAACUCGAUCAUGAUGACUUGUGGGCUGAAUCCCGGUAUGAGGUCUUCCGCAAGGUGCAGGAGCACACGCAUUCGGCUAUGCUGCACUUUUACUCUCCCACGUUACCCGAUUUGGCAGUGAAAAGCUACAUGACUUGGCUAAAUAGUCACUACAAGCUAUUCUUGGAGCCAUGUAAGCGCUGUGGCAAGUUCAUUGCCAAUGGACUGCCACCGACGCGACGCGACUUACGCACACUAGAGCCUUUCCACGAGGAGUGUCGCAAUUGCUGAGCCUGAUUUUAAUCAAAUAGUGUAGUUUUAAGUGGCUAUUAUUAAAUAUAAUAUGCAUAGCUUGUAUACUUCA